GGAGCACACGCAAGCCAUGACUCACUUGUACGCCCCUUCGGCCCAGCGCUGGUGGAGAAGGCGGCGGAGGGGAGGGAGGGAGGGGCGAGGAGGAAGAGGAGGAGGCGGAUGAGGAGGGGGCAGCCCCCGCGGCGGGCGCCGCGGGCGCACAGGUGCGGCCAGCUUGGCGGGCGCCGCAGGGACCGCGAGCCGCGCCGCGGCGGGGGGGGGGGGCGCGGCGCGCAGGGCGGGGGAGGUCGUCGAGGAGAGGAGGAGGCGGGGGGGAUGGGCGGAGACGCCGGGGGGGUGAGGUGGCGCCUGUGGCCUCCUCACUUCAGCUUCUCCGGCUCCUCGCCCUCCUUCUCCAGGCGGUUCCUCUCCUUCUCCUCGUCCAGCAUGGGCUGCAGCUUGGGCAGGAGGAACAUGGCCCCGCACGAGAAGAGCAUCAUCAAGGUCAUGGGGCUCUUGAACACCGACAGGAUGUCGAAGUCCUCGCGCUUUUCGAGGUAGCUGCUGCUUCCAGAAGGCUGGAGCAUCAGCGGGUAUUUCAGCUUGUUCCCCCUGCCGUGCUCGAAGCUGGCGAUGUACCCCGACAUCUUCAUGGCGCCGUCCCCCGACUCCUGCGCCUCUACGCGGACAGGGUCGAAGAUGAGGCGGGGGUGCGCCACCUGUCGGCAGGUGCGGGCCUGGCGUCACGCCCGUGAUCAGGAAGUGCCCGUCGGUCGUGGGCAGCGCCGAGCGGGCGCCGCCGUCGAGCAGCACCCUGAUCGCGCUCAGGCCGCCCGUGGAGGGCGGCAGCUCGUGGGUGAACUUCGGCGGGAUGGAGACGCGGCCGCGGAUCUGCCCCAGUCCUCCGCCGCAGCCCCGCGCAGUCCGACGAGCAGCACCAGCCACCGCGUGAGCCGCGGGGGGCCGGCCGCCAUCCGCCGGCGGGAGCGGAGGGGCGGGCGGGCCGACGCGGGCGGGGCCGGGCCGCCGCGGAGGCCUGCCCCGAGGCCCGCGAUGCGCGCUCUU